AUUGGGAAAACCCCACCACAGUAUUGGCGCGGAAGUUGCGUCUCCCACCCCUGUCACAACAUAGUGACUGCAAAAGUGUUUAGGUUUUUUCGUCAAAACUAAAAAUAACUUGUCUCAGAGGAAUAAUAAGGGGUCAAAGAAUAUUCCUAGCUCUUCUGGAGGGGUCUUUUACCGACUUCACCAGCUAUGAGCAGGCCCAGCUUCCGACCCCGUCCCAUAGAUUUGAACCGGCCUUUGCAGAUAAUACGAUCAAACAAAGAUUUUCCGGUUCAGGAAGAACUUUUCUCCACAAGAGGUUUACCUGCCGUAGAGACUGGCGUAGACCCUUCAGAACAAGAGGAACGGCAUUUGAAAGAAGCUUUGUUGGCAUCUCUUCUUAAAGAUGAUAGAAGAAAACAUGAAAUUGAAAUUCCGAUUCCUGUUGUGCAGGAAAGGAAGGAUCCUAUCUAUGAAUCGCAGAAACCAUACCAUCUACCCAAGGAAUAUGUUCAAGAAGUGAAAAAAGAUAUUUCGUCAUUCUUGGUACUUUAUGAAGCAGAUGAAUUAGAUGAAGAGUUUAUUACUCGGUUGAACAACGACAGCGAGUAUCAACUUUCAUUGUCCGACUUUGAAUAUGUAAUGGAUAUGCUGGAAAGGAUUCAAGGCUCAGAGGAUGAUUUGAUUACGUCUUCUAAGAUGAGAGAAGGUUUAAGAAGCCUACGAGAGAUUCCCGAAUCUAUCAAGGAAGAAAUUUAUCAGCAUUGGUUCCAAAGGAGACAAGAGAAGGAGCAGCCUCUUUUGAGAAUUUUGAGAAAGCCACCCGCUGCAGAUGAUCCCAAUCCAUCUCUUGCUUUCCGUCCAAGAGAACAUGAAUCGGGUGCUCAAAAGGGAACGGAGAAUACCUAUGAAAAUUAUCGCAAGGCUGUUCGAAUGAGACGAGACUUUGAAAAGUUGAGAAUGAUUGUAGAGCAGGUUGUAAAGAGGGAACGAUUGAAACGAGAACAUUUAUCAUGUAGCAUUGUUUAUUCUCGGCUUGCAUUAGCACGGUCGAGUGUAAAGAUGGCUGCUGUGAUAAAGCAAAGUUGUAUGAAUGAUAAUAAUGUGCUAUGUAUUUAUGAUAAACGAACGGCGAGUUUGAAUGGGAGUUGGAAUGGAACGAAUAUUUACAUUCCUCUAUCUGGAUUGGCACUUCCUUCUGAUGUUCGAAAGGCAGUUUUAGCUGGAAGGUUUAUGUCUGACCGUUCGAAGAAGAAUAGAAAGAGAAGAAGACCAGAAGAUACGAGUAAGAAGGAUGAAGAGAAAGAAGAGGAAGAUAGAAAUACAAGUCGUUUUGAUGAAUAUGGUUUUGAUGAAGCUGGUCAACGAUUUGUAAAGAACAUGCGAUACUUUUCUGGGGGUUUUGUUGUAUCAGGUGUUAAUCCAUACGAUUUUAGAGUAUUUGAAGCUGCAGCACAGCGAAAUACUGUCAGGUAUCCGCCAUGGAAUCCUCAAAUCGUUCAGUUACCAGAUGAUGUUCCAUUUUGUUCUCCGAUCGCAUGUCCCAGUCCAAGGGACACUCGUUUUCGUGGUAGACUUGGAAGAGGAGGACGUAUCAUUUUUGAUAGAGUUGUGGAUAGCUCCCAUGGAACAGUGACACCUUUAGAGGAAGGAAAGGGAAAGUUAUUUACGUCAUCAAGCAAUUCUUUCUUGCUGCCAGAUCAAGCGACGGUUAAUAUGGAAAAGUUAACAUCUGUUGAUUCGUCGCCACGACUUCUUUCUGUGGAUAAUAGUAUGUGGCUGAGAUGGCCUUCAAAGAAGAACGGCGACUGUUUAGAAAAUGGUAAGCAUCCUUCUCAAGAAAGAGAAUGGAGUGGAUACUAUAUCAUUCCUGCAUAUUCUGAAGGAACAGAAGAAGCAACCGAAAGUCCCAAACUUAUUCCAGAUUCGUGCAAGUGGGUUACUGAUGCAUAAAUUUUUCGCUUAGAAAUAAACCUUUACUCUGUAACUAUUAUUCAGGAGCGAGUCCAUUUCAUUUACGAGA